CGAGCAGUGCGGACCGAACCUGCCUCCUGCCCGCUGGCCGUGAGCUGGCUCUGCUAUUUAGCGCAGCCCAGCCCGGAGACCCGUGUGGAGGGAGCCUCCUGGCCCCUCGGUUGUGCUCUUUGGGAGAGGAGGGGUGCCUGGGACAGGAUUAGAAAACUCCGCCCUCCACUUGUUAUUUUGCUUAUUUUUCUUUGUGCGCGCCAGUUAGUUUGUUAAACCAGAUCUAGUCCCAGAAUCUUUCUCCUCACUUCCCCUCCCCCCUCCUCCCCCCUCCAGCUCUUUCUACUACUUCCCUUCCUCCUAUCCUUCUGCAGGAGACUCGCAGCGACGGAAAGUUGCAGCCCCUGGUACUGCCUUGGGGGUCUCCCGGCUGUGUCCAACUGCCGCCACCCCUCUCCGACUACAGCACUUCGGAGAUCUCCUUUGCCCGCACCGUCGCUCAUUGCAGCCGGAUCGCCAGUGCCCAGAACGCCCCCCACCCAUGACGAUGCUCCUGGACGGAGGCCCACAGUUCCCCGGGCUGGGAGUGGGCAGCUUCGGCGCGCCGCGCCACCACGAGAUGCCCAACCGCGAGCCGGCGGGCAUGGGGCUGAGUCCCUUCGGGGACUCUCCCCACGCCGCCGCCGCAGCCGCUGCUGCUGCCUUCAAGCUGAGCCCCGCCGCGGCUCACGAUCUAUCUUCUGGCCAGAGUUCUGCAUUCAUGCCACAGGGUUCGGGUUACGCCAACGCCCUGGGCCAUCACCACCACCACCACCACCACCACCAUCACCACACCAGCCAGGUGCCCAGCUAUGGCGGUGCCGCCUCCGCCGCCUUCAAUUCCACGCGUGACUUUCUGUUCCGCCAGCGCAGCUCCGGGCUCGGCGAGGCUGCCUCGGGUGGCGGGCAGCACGCGCUCUUCGCUGGUUCCGCGAGCGGUCUGCACGCUCCAGCUGGCAUUCCCGAACCAUCAAGUUACCUGCUCUUCCCUGGGCUGCAUGAGCAGACCACCGGGCACCCGUCGCCUACCGGGCACAUGGACAACAACCAGGUACACCUAGGGCUGCGAGGGGAGCUGUUUGGCCGUGCGGACCCGUACCGCACGGUAGCCAGCCCGCGCACGGACCCCUACACGGCCGGCGCGCAGUUCCCUAACUACAGCCCCAUGAACAUGAACAUGGGCGUGAAUGUGGCGGCCCACCACGGGCCUGGCGCCUUCUUCCGUUAUAUGCGGCAGCCCAUCAAGCAGGAGCUGUCGUGCAAGUGGGUCGACGAAGCUCAGCUAAAUCGGCCCAAGAAGAGCUGCGACCGGACCUUCAGCACCAUGCACGAGCUGGUGACACAUGUCACCAUGGAGCAUGUGGGGGGCCCGGAGCAGAACAACCACGUCUGCUACUGGGAGGAGUGUCCCCGAGAGGGCAAGUCCUUCAAGGCGAAGUACAAACUGGUCAACCACAUUCGAGUGCACACGGGGGAGAAGCCCUUCCCAUGCCCCUUCCCAGGCUGCGGAAAAAUCUUUGCCCGCUCCGAGAACCUCAAGAUCCACAAGAGGACCCAUACAGGUGAGAAACCUUUCAAAUGUGAAUUUGAAGGAUGUGACAGGCGCUUUGCCAACAGCAGCGACCGCAAGAAGCACAUGCACGUGCACACCUCGGACAAGCCCUAUAUCUGCAAAGUGUGCGACAAGUCCUACACGCACCCUAGCUCCCUGCGAAAGCACAUGAAGGUUCAUGAAUCUCAAGGGUCAGAUUCCUCCCCUGCUGCCAGUUCAGGCUAUGAAUCUUCCACUCCACCCGCUAUAGCUUCUGCAAACAGUAAAGAUACCACUAAACCCCCUUCUGCAGUUCAAACUAGCACCAGCCACAACCCUGGACUUCCUCCCAAUUUUAACGAAUGGUACGUCUGAGGACAAACACAAACCCUGUUAACCAUAAAAUGGACCAAAUGCAUUUUAAAAAGAAAACUGAGGCCAAUCAAAUGGAAAUGGAGUUUUAAGGCAAGAGGCCAUAUAUAGGGCUACAUCUUGUUCAUUGUAAUUGUCUAGGAAGGUUUCUGGGUAAGAUCCAAAAGUAGGCAUGCCCUUUCUCAGGAUUAGGAAACAUGUUUUGGCAUUUGAAAGAUAAAAAAAAAAUAUUUUCACUGCUUUUUCUCCCCUUUCUCAUGCUGUCUGCAUACCCCAUCCCUAAACUCCUUCAGUUCAUUUUAACACUUGUCUUGUUUUUUGAGAGGAAGUUAUAGAAGGCUUGGUGGUGGUGAUGUUAAGCUGAUUCUUCGCCUUAGUGGUGAUUGUUUAAACUCUCAGUCUUAAACCGUGCCAAAGUCCUGUUAUGUCUUGAACUUUUUCUCAAAGCAUUACUCUUGUGAAUGUAUUUUUGUCUAAUGGGGUCAAAACUGUUGGUCAGUGUUUUUUCAGGAUGAGGAUGUGAUGUUACUCUACACAGAUUGUGACAUUUAGUAUACAGUUGCCUUUUGUAAUAACUUUUUUUUUUGUAAAUACAUACCCAUUGAUGCCAUAUUUAUCGUUGUAAUUUAAUUAUUGCUACAAGUGCCGGGAACUGAACAAUAUUUAUGGAUAAGUGUUUUCUAACAAAUUCUGUACAGCUUUUGAUUAUAACUGCUUUAGCAUUAAAUUUUAUUGUUUUGAAAGAACAAAAUUUACAAUUUU